AUGAGUGGGACCUGUAUCCAUGAGCCCCGUGCCCCUUCCCCCUCCCUGUCAGGCUUCAGCACCCCCAUCUCAGAACCCCCCUAUCGAAGGCUCGAUGGAGACACCCCUGCCUGCACCCCCGAAACGGACCUGACCCCCACACAGUGUGUUCUCCGUAACGUGCUGUCCAUCGACACCGGUGGACAGGGGGCACCAGGUGGCAGCAGCCCCACUCCCAGUGAUGGACCUUCAGCCCACUUUGACAACAGCGUGCUAAAACUCCAUGAACAUGAGGUCUGCCAAUGUGGCGGCGGGGCCGAGGCAGGGCACAGUCCAGAGGCUGGCGCUGUUCGGAGCCAGUCGGAGAACAUUCGGCUACAAUCAGGAAGUGGAGGUUUUUUGGAGGGACUGUUUGGCUGCCUAAAACCAGUCUGGACCAUGAUUGGAAAGGCCUACUCCACUGAACACAAACAUAGCCAAGAAGAGUCCUGGGAGGUUCCUUUCGAGGAAAUCUCAGACCUACAGUGGGUGGGCAGCGGGGCGCAAGGGGCUGUCUUCCUCGGCAAGUUCCAUGGAGAAGACGUGGCUGUAAAGAAAGUGCGGGACAUCAAAGAGACGGAGAUCAAACACCUCCGCAAACUCAAGCACCCCAAUAUCAUUACUUUCAAGGGUGUGUGCACCCAGGCUCCUUGUUACUGUAUCUUGAUGGAAUAUUGUGCCCAAGGCCAACUGUAUGAGGUGCUGAGGGCGGGCCGUAAAAUCACCCCUUCCCUCCUGGUUGACUGGUCCAUGGGCAUUGCGGGUGGCAUGAACUACCUACACCUCCACAAAAUCAUCCACCGAGACCUCAAGUCCCCCAACAUGCUGAUUACACAUGACGACCUGGUGAAGAUCUCUGACUUUGGCACCUCAAAGGAGCUCAGUGACAAGAGCACCAAGAUGUCAUUUGCCGGCACCGUAGCCUGGAUGGCUCCUGAAGUGAUUCGGAAUGAGCCAGUGUCAGAAAAGGUUGACAUCUGGUCAUUUGGAGUGGUGCUGUGGGAGAUGCUCACUGGAGAGAUCCCGUAUAAAGAUGUGGACUCGUCUGCCAUCAUCUGGGGUGUGGGAAACAACAGCCUUCAGCUGCCCAUACCAGAGAGCUGCCCGGAUGGCUUCAAGAUCCUCCUCAGACAGUGCUGGAACUGUAAGCCCAGGAAUAGGCCUUCUUUCCGUCAGAUCCUUCUUCAUCUGGAUAUAGCAUCAGCUGAUGUACUGUCCACUCCACAAGAGACAUACUUCAAGUCUCAGGCUGAAUGGCGGGAAGAGGUGAAACAGCACUUUGAGAAGAUUAAAUCUGAGGGUACUUGUCUCCACCGCCUUGAUGAGGAACUGAUCAACCGACGCAGGGAGGAGCUCAGGCAUGCUUUGGACAUUCGCGAGCACUAUGAGAGGAAACUGGAGAGGGCUAACAACCUUUACAUGGAGCUCAGUGCUGUCAUGUUGCAGCUGGAGCUCAAGGAGAAAGAAUUGCAGAGGAGAGAGCAGUCGUUGGAUAAGAAAUAUCCAGGCUUGUUUAAGCACCAUAGCUCCAGACAGAGCAGCUCCUCCAACUCCAUGGACAAACUCAUCAAAAAGAGAAAUGUCCCACAGAAACUGCCCUCAGGAAAGAGGCCAGACAUCCUCAAGUCUGAGGUAAUCAUUCCCAAAAUGGAUUCCUCUGUAAUGCAAGUCACUAUCCCAGCCUGCCCCAACAGAAGCUCCACUUCUCCCAGCCGGUCUCGGAGGGUAAAGACCCGUCAUCGCAAGCCCGGUAAGGGCAGCAGUGGGGACCUGGCUGGACUUAAGGCGAAUCAGUCCUCCCCUAAUAGGGACACAACUACCCAGGCUAACAGUUCUACCAAUAACACCUCCAAGCAGCUCCUGGAGCCCUCUGCAGCCCUGCGGGGCCUCAGCCACGAGCAGCAGCAGAGGCAGCUAUCCUCCUCCAGCCCUGACCUCAUCUGCACUACACUAGAGGCAGAAGCCCAGGGAAAAGGGGAGCCCUCAGUGGGUGGGCUGGAGAGAGGGGGAAGCCUCAGUGCCUCUGCAGGUUUAGGGGGGUCAGAGGUGGGCGCAGCCGGUCUGGAUGAUCUCACAGAAACUCCUCCACGCAGUGACACUCCCAGUGAGGAUGCCGCAUCGUUCCCAUUCUCCAGCAGCCCAGACUCACCAUGUGGGAGGGGGGCAGCAGCAGGACGGGGAUCUCUGGGAUCUCCACGCCUGCCUCAUGAUGGGGAGGACAAAGAGGAGGGAGCAGGUGCUGUGAGGUUGCCCCGGGGGGCGUCAGGGGGAAUUGGGAGUCAGCACCUUACACCUUCAGCCAUUCUCUACAGGGCAGCUAUCACACGCAAACAGAGGCGUGGAGUGUCAUCAGAAGAGGAGGAGGGUGAAGUUGACAGUGAGGUUGAGUUACCACGGAGACGACGUCCGACCAGCAUCAGCAAGUGCCAGUCGGUGUCUACCUUCAGCUCAGAGAACCUGUCGGUAUCGGACGGCGAGGAGGGCCACACUACCGACCACUCUCACAGCGGUACUCCUGAUGUGGUCAGCACCAACACCGACGACAGGUUGGACGACCGCAGCGAUGACCUCCUCUCUCAGGGGUCGGAGAUCCCGGCAGACAACACUGACCCCGCGCAGGCUUCUGAUGGCCUGUCGGAGAGAGACGGAGCCCUGGGCCAGGCCAAAGCUCAGCUGGACGCUGGGCAGAAUCUUAAUGAGAGUCGGGCCCUGUGUGAUGAUUCUGACUGCGACAGUGCUGAGCUGGAUCAGUCAGGUAGUGGAGAGCCCAGUCGCCCACCCAGUGCUGGAGCAUGGGUACCGCCAUCUCAGCCCUAUCAGGGGUCUCCACAGGCGCCACACACAGGACCUCCAUAGAUCACUGGACACUAGCAAAGACCUCCAGCUACCCUACAGUGAACAACCAUCACAGGCGUACACCAAUCUGUCAGUGCAGUACAUUACUGUUGUCAUGAGGGAUCACACCUACUACACCGCUCAGACUAUGACAAGUUGACUUAUGGUGUCUCAUAAGUUUGUUGGCUGGCAAACCUACAUCAGAUGACAUAGGGCAUUUGUCAUAACCUGACAUCAAAUAUUUUGGCAGCUUGUGACAUCAGAUAAAUGUCAUUUAAGUUCAGUAGGGUUUUUUAGGCAAAAUAGUUACCAAGGUAACCUUAGCCACAGCUCCAGUUCAGCAAAAACCCUUUCACAGACGCACGCACAAGAAGAUACCACACUUGUAGUCCUUUAAACACUCUAACCCUCACUCUGGGAGCAUCCGUCAUGAUACUCCACACACUAAUGCAUCAAAUACUAAUGAAUAAUAAUGUAAAUAUCCAAUACAUACCACAUGAGAAAUAUCUAACUUUAUUUUAUUUGUAAGAUAAAAAUGUAAGACUAAACAGUAUGCAGCCCUGUGAACAAAUGCAUGAUUACAUGUUUAUAAUUUAUGGUUUGAAUGUGUCCGUUUUAUAUUUUGUGAAAGUUUACACUUUUUUAAUCCUGAAAGUAUUACUUGAGUUAUUUUGUUUUUGUUAAUAAAUGUCAGCACUCAAGAAAAAAAAAAAAGUCAAAAUGGAAUGAAAAUCUCACCAGGACAUGGAUCAUGAUGCAUAACUAGGAUUCUCAGUAGGUGAUUUUUUUUUUUUUUUUACCCUCCUACUACUGAGUUCCAAAUACACAUAAGACAUGCAUGAGGUUUUUAUGAAGCUUAUCAAAUUUGUGACCUCAGGGUUCAUUAAAAAUGCACUUCUGUCAUUGUAUACACACUCAAUGCCAGUUUAUUAGACACACCUAGCUUAAACUAAUUCAGUCUAAUACAACAGUCCUCCCGUCAUGGAGGUUGUAAUGCUCAAUUAUUUUUUAAAUUUUUUCAGAGACACGUUGAUUCAGAUGUAUUAUCAUCUUAGAGGAUGUAGUUUAUCGUGCUGUUGAUCUGUGUUGCAUUACAAAGAGAGGUGUUAUUUAGGCUACCAUCACAGAUAUAAUUGGGGUGGACAAAUAUAAUAGAAACACCUGUCAGUAUAAUGUAAUGCAAUACAAUUCAACAGACCCACAAACUGCAGGCUCCAAAAUGACCACACUGUUAAUUCCGUACCACUCUGAAACAGUUUCACAUAGUACUGAACAUUAUAACCUUCAUGAAUGGAUUCAUGGAUUUAUUGCAGGACUAUUCUAUCAGACCGUUAGCUUUAGCUAGGUGUACCUAAUAAACUGGAAAUUGAGUGUAUACCAGUAUUGCUCUACUGGAUUCUGAAAUUGUUGGCUUUUUCUUAGUCUUAUAUUUAUGUGAUGUGCAUUUGAAAGGCAGUGAAUGUGUUCAUAAAAAUGACCUCCUCUGACAUGCACUAGCGUCGCUAACUAAGUCUGCUUCAGCUAACUCAGCAGCAAACAGUAAGAGAGUGCUCCACUGACUCCAAGUGGAUAGUUCAAUCAAUGGAAGUGAACCAGAGAAAUCUACUCACAUGACUGACAGCAGUUGUGUUGGACAUUCAGGUGAUUCGUUUUCAGACUUGUAGUCAUGAGCCCCAACUGACUCUGACUCAUGUGACAUCACUUGAGGCAGAGUCUGUUUCGCUGUACAAAGCCACAAAAGGCGUUAUGCAACGUUUUUCACGUGUGGUAAUUUAAUCUCCCCAAAGACAUAUAAAAUCAAUUUUGAUCCCCUUGAUUCCCCUUUUAGUAAUGAACCAAAAGGAGUACUAUAGCUCACUAUACUGGCAGGCCUCAUAAAAACCUCAACUGUACCUUUUACCCUUUAAUAUUACUGCGGAAGUAGCCAGAUAAGGAAUAGAGCACUUCUCUGUGGUGGUUACUAGUAGAACAGUAAGUAUCCUUUGGGUUUGAAUAGAAAUGUUUUGUUUUUAUACAGCAUUGCACAUUGUACCUGUAACAUAGGAGUUAUAUCGAAAGCAAAAUAUUAUGAGCAACAAUAAAUAAUGUAUUGGUUAAAAAAAACGACAACAAAACCAAAUGCGUGUUGUUUGUUUAAAAAGACGGGCCAUGUUAUAGCUACAGUUUGUGCUGUUGCUGC